ACGUCACCCGACCAGCGGUCGGCUCAACAACAGUGAAGUGCACUCACCUUUAACAGCUUGAACUGAAGCUACCGGGCUUAUUCCCUUUAAUUCUGACCCUAUUGCACGGCUUUUGCGAAGUUAUGUUGUCGCCGGAGUCUACACGGGAGCUGUGAGGUCAGCCGCCUACCAGGUCUGCAGCGCUCCGGCUCCGUAAUGCUGCCAGCGGGGGGGGUCUGACGGUCCUAACACGCCCGAGGCGAGCAUGCCGCGCCGGGCCGGCGCUCUGAGGAGGAAGUGCUGAAUGAGCCUCUGCUGCAGCCGCCAUGGACGACUUCCCCACCAGAAGCUAUGGCACCAGCGGCCUGGACAACAGGCCCCUCUUCGGGGAGACCUCGGCUCGGGAUCGAAUCAUCAACAUGGCAGUUGGGGGAUUUACGUCCGUGGUCGUCCUAGUGACUGUGAUCGGCUCUUUUGUGUUCCCAACGUUGCCCCCGCGGCCUCUAAACAUAUUCUUUGCCGUGUGCAUCUUGUUAACGUGUGGAUCCACAAUAGUGCUGAUAUUCUGGUACCGGCAGGGAGACCUGGAACCUAAAUUCAGGAACCUGAUCUACUACAUGCUGGCGUCCAUCCUUCUGCUGUGUCUAUGUGCCAACCUCUACUUCUUUGACGUCAGGUAAAGAUGGAGGAAGAGGAAGGAGAGGGGGAAGAAGAAGGGACGACAUGGCCUUGACAGAUGGAAGCACAGGUGGAGGUCCUCCACUCCCAUUGGACCAACACUGAAGACUCACAUGACCAAAAAGAAAAAAAAAAAGAAAAAACAGACGCUGAUAGACUAACCCGAACCUUUCAGGGGACCCUGGGACCAAAAACCAGCGAGGACCACUAACUAUGUGUUAAUGAGGAAUUAUGCAAGCACACUGGACACACACCAGGUCACAGUGUCAGAGCCUUGAUGUACUGUUAAGAGGCCAUAACUCUGUUUGCUGGGAGACAAACUUUCACAAAAACAGCUGUGUUUACAUGCAAAUAAACAUCACUGAUGACUGUAAUCACAUUUCCAAGGAUACCACUCGAUGGAUGCAAUAAGUGAGACUAAAUGUGGAUUUGGUUAUCAUCUUUCAAUUGGCUAUGCAAAGCAUAUGCAAACAUAUUGAUCUUUUUUAUAAGAGUCGGCAACAGCACAAGAGGGGAGUUACAGAAUCACAGAAUUAAGGUCAAGAAAAGGGGAGGGUUUUCCCUUUCAAACCGGAAGCAUGUUUAGAGCAUUUAAACACAGCGCCCGAAGCAGGAGGAUCCUCGUGGACCCUCCUUUUCUGUCAGUACUGUAGACUGUUAUUCAAACUACAUAGUUUCACAUGCAGCAUAUGAGAGUUCUGGGACAGGUAAACAACAGUUUGGAUGUUUGUUAGAUUUAAUCAGUUUUUCAACCACAUCCCACUAAGAGGAGCUUUUUUUUUUUUUAACUAGAUUUGAAAGCCAGAUUAAACUGACUGCCAAAUCUUGCACUAAGGAUGGCUGACUUUAUUUUUUGCAUCACAGCCACACACACAGCCAGGCCAGCUGUGGCACCAGUGCUUUACACACAGCCUCUGAUAGAGGACAUGGAAUCGUCACACUAGAUGAAUGUUCAUUCAGCUUCUAUUUAUUAGAAAAAACGUUUGAAGACAAAGAACUGUAGCUGAACAUUUUGACUAGAAAACAACUAGAAUUUUUAAGAUUUAAAAUGGGGUUUUUGCCCAUGAAGUUUACAAAAAAAACUAGUUGAAACACCUUGUAAUUUGCGUUGUUUUUCUUUUUUAAACAUACCUUCACAAGUCUAAGCAAAUAAGUGCAGUUAAGAGUCCUUGUAGACUUUUUGCUCUCGGUUGACUGCCAGCAAAAAUUAUCCUAAGAAGAGCGCCAACAGUGGAGAUAAUGGAAAUGAUUAAAAGAAAGUAAUAUAACUCAGGAUGUGGCCAAACACUUUUGUUGUUUCCAGUCAGGUUUGUGCAAAAUUUAGAGCAUCAAAAAAUAGGAAGCUUAUCGAAGGGAAACAUGCAAGUCAACCAAAGAAGGCGUCAGGAAAGAAAAUCCCAAAUUUUCCUUCAGGAAAAUGGUCCAUAUCCUAAUCUCAGUUAACUAUGUCCUCAUAGAAGUCAAGCCCUCAAAAAAAGAAGUUGUAAUAAAAAAUAUUAAUGCCUCUUUAUUCACAAUUCCAUUUUUUCCCCUCUAUUUCAUCCAACGAAAUCAUCUUAUUAAAAUAUGUUUUACAAAACUAAAACGUUCAGCUAUUAACAUUUUUCGUGUCCAGUUUGUGUUCUAUUCAUUUACUCGAAUUUUGAGUGAACAUCGUCCACAUGUGGCGACCCCAUCGUUUAGCGCUGGCUUAAGCCUGGAGCUUUAAGUCUGAGCUUCUGAUUUUCAUGUGACGCUAACAUCAACUUCACACAUUCAUACUUCCACGGUACACAUUUAGAAAAGUAGCUGAAAAUCGUCCCGAUAAAGCAGAUCAAACCACCAGAUGCCGACACAUGUUGCGCUUGGAUCAAUUGGAUUCCAAUGUGUGAUUAUUAAUGGCCGAGUUUCGUAACAGUCCGCUCCCAGAACAAUGCCACUGUCAUGGCUUACACGGUGCUGUGUGCCACAGCCACUUCACAACAGACAGGUCUUCACUUUUUUUCUUUUGAUGAUGUAAAUUAAUUUAUUCCAAAAGUUAGAGAAAGUAAUGGAUAUCUGAAGGCUCAGGUUCAGUCAAGCAUUUCCUGUUUUAAAUGACAUCCAAGAUGCUGUAUUACUGCCAUUACUGAGGUGUUUCAAUGAUAAGUCAAGAGUGUUCCCUCCUAAAGAAGCUGUUUUAAUGUUGCUUUCUGAAAGCAGGGCUUCUGAGUACAUCUGGUUAAAGAGUAACUUUAGCAUGCUGACAUGAGGUUUGUGUGAGCAAAGCAUUGAGAAACACACUGAUCGAUUUCCAGUCAGGCUGUAGAGAAAAGUCCAUUUGCAGACUGAUUCUGCCGGUCCAAAUCAAGUCUCUGUGGUCACCAUCAACAAAAGCCAAACCAUCAACCUGUCAGUCUGUCUCUGUGUUGCAUUUGUCUAAGUUUCUAUUUUAGGAAGCAUUCCAGAAACUCUCUGUGGGGGGGGGGGGGUAGGUCAGUCCUUCCAGCAGCAGCACAGUUUUUUAAGAUAAAGUGGUGCACAGCAGAAUACUGUAUACGAUGUUUUCAUUGUUGGCCUUUGUCAUUUCUGUGUCAGCACUGAAGUACCAGCAGGGAUUUUGUGGUUCUUAACAGCAAAUUAUUUCUUUGACUUCAUAGAUUCAUCACAGCAUCAACAAUUCUACUGAACACGGAGCCAAUCAGAGCCACCGCACUGUGACUGUAGUCCCGUCAAAGCCAUGUUUUUUAUGAAUGUUUCAUGGAAUAAAUAAUUGUGUAACCUUUCACUUCAAGCUUCAUAAAGGGAUUUUAAAUUAGAGUUCACAUUUUCAUGUUUAUUGAUAGCUGUUACCUGUGAUAUUUGGUUUGUUUCGCUGCACUCUUUGUGUCUUACACUGAAAAAACAUGGAAGCAGCUAGAAUAUUGGAGGAAAAUAGUAGAAAAAUGGAACUAGUUUAGCUCCUAUGUUUCCACGUGCACUUAAAACCAUUUAAGUUCAUGUGAAGAGAUAUUUAAAUAGUUUAUUAUCAUUAUUUUCAUAACAAAAGGGUAUCAUUUGGUCUACCACCAUCAGGCACCUCUUUACAUUCUUUUCUCGGUGGAAGUGAAAACAGGCUUUAGUUUAGCACGUUUCGCCAUGUUAUGGUUCACUUUCGAACAGGACAAUGAGGUUUUGACACGUCCAUUUUUGCGUAGUCCUCUUGAACAUGGCCCCACUGAGGCUGUGAGGAGCUGCGUUCACAUUUAAUCCAGGGUUUCAAACAGUUCACGCUCCAUCCUGUGUCAUUUCGCACGACCGCUUCAGUCCCGUCCCGCUUUAAAAACAAAGUCUGACGUUUUAACUCACAGUUCAACACGCUGAGGCGCCAGCGGCCUCCUCCGUUGGUCUUCGCGACUCAGUCAGAGCCUUCCUGGUUCUCCAAGAUAGGAUCCGUGAGAGUGCUGCUGAUGUUUGGAGGGGACACAAUGAGCACGGUGCUGCCAGAUGUUAUCCCAGAAUGCACCACUGGACCCUCAGCAGAUGGGGAGUUCAGACCCUUAUCGGAGAAGCCUUCUUUAAUUGGCUCGUGAGGUUCUACCCUCCCUGACCCACUCAGCAGAUUUGUGGCAUCCAGCCCGUCCUCCUGGUUCUGCUCCUCUGUUUCCACAACCAGCUGCGGUUGGCUGAGCGUGUCUGAGGAGGCGGGGUCAGAGGAAACCGUCUGGAUGAUGACGCCGUCGCCGGAGCAGAGGCUGUCACUCUGACAGACUGUGAAGGAUGAUGUGUUCGUGUGAUGAGGGAGAGGAGCCCGUCGUCAGGGUAACCGUGCUGUUAUUGGCUAAACUGAGAGGAAGGCUCUGGUUGGACGUCGUCUGGAGGUAGUAGGUCCCGGGGGUGCCGGUGGGCUGUAGGUGGAAGGACUGCAAGAUUUCGAAGGUCUGCAGGGCCCCGGUGUUUAGCGUGAUGGUGUCACUGUCGCUGGCUGCUGCAGAAUCUGAGGCCAGGUGUGUGAACUGCAGCGGGAUCUGCACGGGGAUCUGCAGGGCUGCGACUGAGCUGGGGACGGGGCUGCUGCUGCUCUCGUCCAAUCGGGUGAGGCGGAUCUGGAGCGAAGAGGAGGAGGUGGGACUCCCUGGUACAGAUGAUGUCUGUGAGGUCAUCAUCAGCUCCUCAAGGCCCUUCAGGAGCACGCUGAAGGGGAUUUCCUUGUGAUUGGCUACUUGUCUCUUGAUGCUCCACCACUUGGACCGCAGCCACUGAGGGGACCGGACGCUGCUCCACCCCCAUGCCAGGUCCUCCCACUUGAUCUCAUUCUCAUCCUCCACUUUCAGCACUGAUAUCCUCCGCAACAGGUUCAGGUCAUCCUCUUUAGUCCACUCGGCUCCUCCGCUGUGUUUCCAGUUCAGGUAGUUCAGCCAUUUCGACCGACACUGUUUCUCGGAGCGUGUGCGGACCCGGUCUGCCACCGUCGCCCAGGAAACGCCUCCUGUGACCGCGGAUCCCGGCGACACUCCGGCCAUCUCGUACACGACCUCGGCGAGCCGUCUCUCUUCCUCCUCGCUCCAUUUUCCUGUGUUACAGGUGUCCUUCAUCAGCCGGCAGCGGUCUUUCACAGAAGAGGCACUGCGUCCCAGAGCUGCUCCAAUCGUUGCCCAAUCGUUCCCGUGUUUCUCCCUCAGCGCCUUUAGCUUCUCAAUGUCCUCUGGAGUUCACUUGCCGACGUGGUUCCGGUUGUCGUACAUUCGUAAAACGCGUCUGUAGACGGCGAACAGCGGCCGGUUCAACCCCAACGCCACAGAGCGAUAGAAAUCCUUCCUCUCCUCUUUGGACAUUUCAAAAAUGAUCUCCGCCGGGUCUUGGAUCCCGCGGCCCUGGACAUAUCGGUCAAUGUUGCUCAUCAGAACGUCAAUCUCUUCUUUAGACCACAUGCCUUGUUUCCAUUUAUGACCUUUGUUAGCCAGCGUAUCUUUGUCCUCUUUUGUUGUAAACCAGGCCUGGCUGACCGGUGACACCUCCGUCUUCUCAUUGGCUGACAGAGUGUCUUCUUCUUGAUGAUGUACCUCUAUUUGAGUGACUCCGUCCUCAGAGAGAUCGCUGUCGGCUGUGCCAGUCAUCGUCACCUUGAAGCUCUCAUUCUCCAACAUGGGCAAAGUGACGACAGAAAACUGAGGUUUCUCAGAGUCCGCCUGUUCCUCAGUGGAGAGUCUCAGCUUCUUCUGUAGGGGCUCCGAGUCCUCAUCGCUGGGAGGACAGUGCAGAAUAAUGCUUCCAUCGCUGUCCUGAGUGAGGGUGACAGAUUUGACGGUUUCUAAUUGAGCAGCAUCUUCGUCUUCUGCUGCUGAACUCAUCCUUCACUUCCUGUUUUCGGUCCGGGGACUUUUGAGUUACCAGGAUGAAGGAAAGUGCCAGGAUGGAGAAGCGGCGUACGAAGGCCGGGAAACUCAAAGUAAACUUGCUGAGAAGAAAUUGUUCCCACGUUGUUGAAUACGGACGACAUUCGAAGCUGCACAUAUCCAAGCCACCACUGUUUGGAGCAAAAACGUAACCGAAAUAUGGGGGAACAACCAGUCAGAGUCUUGGCGUGCGGGGAUGUGGAGGGCAGACUGAACGUCCUGUUCAGUCGAGUCCAGGCCAUCCAGAAGAAAACCGGACAGUUCGAUCUGCUGCUGUGUGUUGGAGAGUUUUUUGGAUCAACACCUGAGGCCGAGGCAGAGUGGCAGCAGUACAAGUCAGGAGCAAAGAAAGCUCCGAUUCACACCUACAUCCUGGGGGCAGCGAGCCAGGAGACGGUAAAGAACUUCCCUAAUGCAGAUGGAUGUGAGCUGGCAGAAAACAUCACAUAUCUGGGGCGACGGGGGAUUUUUUCUGGUGCGUCUGGGCUGCAGAUUGCAUACGUCAGCGGUCGGGAAGCUCUGCAAGAGCCGGCUCCGGCUCACUGCUUCAGCUCCAAAGAUCUGUCCGCCCUCGUGACGCCGCUGACCAGCAACUCCAAAUUCAAAGGGGUGGACAUCCUGCUGACGUCCCAGUGGCCCAGAGGAGUGUGGACCUACGGAAACGUCCCGGAAGUGAACACAAAGUCAUGUGGCAGCGGCUCGGUCGCCAGCCUCACCAACAGACUGAAACCUCGGUACCACUUUGCUGCACUAGAGGGCGCUCACUACGAGAGACUCCCAUACAGGAACCACAUAGUACUCCAAGAAAACGCUCAGCACGUCAGCCGCUUCAUCGCCCUGGCAGCUGUCAACAACCCCUCCAAGAAGAAGUAUCUGUACGCCUUCAACAUCGUCCCCAUGAAGACCAUGGAUCCGGCCGAGCUGGUAAAGCAGCCGCAGGACGUCACCGAAAACCCCUACAGGCGAUCAGCAAAAGACAAGACACCAGUCCAACAGACGGACUUCGGCAGCACAGAGGAGGAGCCGGCCCGCCAGUUCUUUUUCGACCUGGGCAAAGAGAAGGACGGAGGCUUUGGCGGGCGUGGCAGAAAGAGGCCGUCGGACUGGGAGGGACGGGGUGGGGGCCAGCGGCAGGGGGGGGACCAGCGUUUUCAGGGCCAGGAAAAGCAGCCCCGCCGCCACCCACAGCCCACGGGUCCCUGCUGGUUCUGCCUGGCCAGUCCUCAGGUGGAGAAACACCUCGUCAUCAGUAUAGGAACACAUUGUUACGUGGCUCUGGCUAAAGGCGCCCUGACCGCUCGCCACGUGCUGAUCCUGCCCAUCGGCCACUACCAGAGCGUGGUGGAGCUGAGCUCGGAGGUGGUGGAGGAGAUGGAGAAGUACAAAUCAGCCCUGAGGAGCUUCUACAAGAGCAAAGGGGAGCGCUGCAUUGUCUUUGAGAGGAACUACAGAAGCCAGCACCUACAGCUGCAGGUCGUCCCCGUCCCGCUGGACCGCUGCACCACUGAAGACAUCAAGGAGGCGUUCACGGUUCAGGCCCAGGAGCAGAACAUGGAGCUGAUGGAGAUUCCUCAGCACACUGACCUCAAACAGAUUGCUCCUCCAGGGACUCCGUACUUCUAUGUAGAACUGGACAACGGGGAGAAACUCUUCUACCGGAUCCAGAAACAUUUCCCUCUGCAGUUUGGACGGGAGGUGCUGGCCAGCGAGGCAGUGCUAAACAUCCCGACUCGAGCUGACUGGAAGGAGUGUAAGAUGAGCAGGGAGGAAGAGGAGGAGAGCUGCAAACAGCUAAGAGGCGACUUCCAGCCCUACGACUUCGCCUGGGAGGAGGACUAACACAC